AUGGCUCGAGUCGCGCGACUGUCAGUCCUUUCACGGGUUGCGAUUUUUGCCGUUUUGGUAACCGCCAUUGGUUUUCUUUUGGUAUCAGUAUCGCCAUCUUCCGAUCUUUCUAAACGAUCAUUCCAGCCACCAUCUCUCGUUCAAAAUUCUCAACAGCGACUGAAAUCUGAUGACUUAACAGAAAAGGUCUCGAAGCUCGACAUGGACAAUUAUGUGCCUGAGCCUGAAGAUGAGGAGUCGAGUAAAAAUGAAGAAAAGGAAGAGUAUGGUCUUCCUGUGCCUAUGUAUGUUGCAAUCACCAGCUCUUGGCCAUUUUCGUCAACCUCGUCUUGGGCCAACUCACGACUGGCUAGUAUUCUCAAGCGUAAGAAAAACCCAGCUCAUAAUAAGGGCCCAUAUGCGUCACACAUUAAAGAUUCAACACCCAUUGUACAGGUAUCUCCUGUUGUUAAGAAUCUUAAGCCUGUUGUUGGCAGUAGAAGCCGAUACAUUUCGAAUCUUAAGAAGCAGAAUGAAGAGACUCAUGAAAAUAAAGCUGAUGGGUUUAAUAUGAUUUGGGCCGAGGGCCAGCUACGCAAAGUGAAAGGCUCCGGUGAUACUGCUAAUCAGAUGGUGAUUGACGAGUCUGAAUUUGACGAAUAUGACACAAUAGAUUUUGAAGAGGCUGAAAACCCUAAGUUUGCAGAUUUGGACAAUUCGGUUGACUGGUCCAAGUUUGCUUAUGUACAAUAUGUUACAAACGCUGUUUACUUAUGCAACUCUGUUAUGAUUUUUGAGCAACUCCAGCGGGUAGGAUCUCGUGCCCAACGGGUUCUGAUGUACCCUGAGGAAUGGAACCAACCUGGGUUUUUCGAUCCUCCUACGGACCCUGCUGGACCUGGCUAUGGGUUUAAGGAAGAAAUUGAUGAAGAAGCUCAUGAAAAGGCUCAAGAGGAGGAAGUUUUAAAGGCUCAAGAAAACAAGGCACCUAAUCGAUUUAAGCGGGAUAUUGAUGACAGUGUUUUUGAUCAAAGCAGCAUGGCCCAUAACGUUGAGUACUUGCUCAAGGUUGCAGUUAUGAAAUACAAUGCCAUACUUAAGCCUGUGAAGACAGCCAAGCUAGAGAGUGUUGAUCCUGCUCUUUCUUACAGUUUUACAAAGAUGCAUAUUUUCAACCAAACAGAAUAUGACCGUGUGCUAUUUUUGGAUUCUGAUGGAUCUGUGCGACGCAACAUGGACCACUUGUUUUUACUUCCCAGUGCUCCUGUUGCCACCACCAAACAAUACUGGGUUUAUCCUAGUGAUUCUGAUGGUGAUGAUGGGUUUAAUGCUGAUAGUAGUGUCGACAAGGAUCUUGCUUCGUUUAUUAAGCUCAAUACUCAUAUGGAGCUUGUUGAGCCUUCAGCAUCUGUUUUUAACUAUAUUUUAAAGUUUUUGUCUGAGUCGAUGAGUGGAGGGAAUAGCAAUUUGCGUGGUAAUAAUGAGUAUGAGGGUGAUGUUUUUAACAAAUUAUUUAAGGAUGAUGCUAUGGUUUUCCCUCAUUAUGGAAUUACGAUUUUGACGAAUGAGUUGCGCAAUGUUGAUUCUGAGCACCGACAAUAUGUGGGUAAGUUUGGCAAGUGGGAUGCGUCUCAGAUUUUCAACAAGACUCUUUAUGUGCACUUUUCCGAUGCCAAUCAUCCUAAACCUUGGGUUCGUGCUACUGAUCAAGAGAUUCGUGAGAAUUCGCCCAAGUGUUCUCAGGGAGGUACUUGGUGUCCAGAGCGUCAAAUUUGGCUGAACCUUUAUCAUGAUUUUGAGAUUCGUCGAACGAAUAUCUGCCACAUGCCUAUGAUGCUUUUUGACAAGGAACAAAACAAGUAUGUUGCUGCUGGCGGUAUUUCAUCUCCUGGCUCCGGAUCGACUAAGAACUCUGGGUUUGAUACCUUGUACCAGGCUCUUUUAGAAGAGGAGCGUCUACAGGAGGCACUUUUGCUGAAGCAGAAUCAACAAGAAGAAGAAGAAGAGGAGGAGGAGGAGGAGGUCUCAGGAGAUGUAGGUCAGAAUCCUCUUCCUCCAGUUCCUCUAGAUGCCGAAGAUGAGGAAGAGCCUGUUGCUAGUAAAACUGGAGAGGAUCAAGUUGAAGAGCAAGAUCAAGGAGUUGCAGCUCCUGGUGUUCACGAGAAUCAGCAGGCACCUGAGCAGGAGCAAGAACAGCGAGAUCAGCAGGAACAACAAUAA